CCCAAUAUUAUUUGUUCACCAAUGUAAGCAAAUUUGUAAGCUUAACUGAACAGCCAGGCGGCCCAAAUCCAGAGGCCAUCGUCUUUUACUCUUUUUCUUCAUUUUCCAGCCAAAUAGCCGCCGGACUCUUCUGUGCCCUUCGAUCCUGGGUGAAUUCUCUGUCUAUUUUCUUUCUUGCUUAAUUCAGAACCGACCCUCAAACGAAUUUUGAAAUUUCAGCUUACAUAGCGGAGCCAGUUAAAGAGAAAAGAUGCCUCUUUACGACUGCAUGCUUUUGUUAAAGCCCCAUGUCAAGAAGGAGUCCUUAAUGGAACUAGUUUCCCGGGUUGGGAAGCAUGUUUUUAGGAAAAAUGGAGUGGUCACUGAUAUGAAGUCCUUUGGGACUGUUCAAUUGGGUUAUGGCAUCAAGAAGCUUGAUGGAAAAUAUUAUCAGGGCCAACUGAUGCAAAUGACGAUGAUGACACCCCCCAGUAUGAACAAGGAACUGCAUUACCUAAACAAGGAAGACCGAUUGCUUCGCUGGCUCUUAGUUAAACACCGUGACAUCAAAUAUGGACUGGAAUUUUUGAGUGAAGAUGAUUCUAAAAAUGAGCUUAACAGGUUCAAAAGCAACUUAUAUGAUGAUGAAGACACUGAUGAGGACGAAGACGAUGAAGAUGUCGACAAUGAAUAUCAAUUGGAGCAAGCAGAGACAAAGGAUGCCUGAAAAAAUGAUGUCACUCACCAUGAGUUUCAUUCGUCUGUUGUCACUCUUUUUUUUUUUUUUUUUUUUGC